AUGGGUUCUGGAAAACAUGCAGACAUAUUCAAAGCCUUUCGAGUGUUAGAUCUAAAGUCGUGCAUUAUCCGACCUGCGAAGCAAGUGGGAAGGCCUGGAAUAGAGCAAGAGAUCAAGAUUCUUCUCUCCCUGAAAGGAGGACCAAACAUCUUGGAGCUUGAAGAUAUUGUUCGAGAUGAUCAGAUGGGAACGCCAUCCUUGGUGUUUGAGUACGUGGAGAACACCGACUUCCGCCGCUUGUAUCCCGCCUUUGGGGACGGGGAUGCUCGCUACUACAUGAAGGAGCUUUUGAAGGCUCUCCAAUUCUGCCAUGGCAGGAGCAUCAUGCACCGAAACGUUCAACCUCACAAUAUAAUGAUUGACCACGGUCGACGCAAGCUGCGCCUCUUUGGCUGGGAAUAUUCCGCAGCUUACGUUGCCAGCUCGAGGUAUAGCGUCCGUGUCGGCCAAGGCUUUGCGAAGGCGCCCGAGCUGCUUUUACAGCACGAAGAAUAUGACUGCAGUCUAGAUAUUUGGAAUACGGGCGUGAUUCUUGCGUCUGUCAUCUUCAGGAAAGAGCCAUUUUUUCAUGGCAUAAGCAGUUUCCAUCUCCUGCAGAUGAUUGCCAGUGUCUUGGGGACAAAGGGCUUGCUCAACUACGUCGAGAAGUACGACAUAGAAACAACUCCGGAUGACGUUGAUGCUAUUCCAUAUUUCGAGAAGAGAGAGUGGCGGAGCUUCAUUGAUGAGCGAAACGAGCAGUUAUCGAGCAGUGAAGCUAUGGAUCUUGUGGAUAAGCUGCUUCAAUGGGAUCACAAGCAACGACUCACUGCUACCGAAGCCUUGAACCACCCUUAUUUCAGCUGA